AUGUCGAACACCCAAGUGGGUGACCAAAUCGAUAAGUCGAAUAAGCGCAAGAAAGUCGCAGACGGACAGAGCGGUGCGUCGAACAUAGACGCUGAUGGCAAAGUCGGAUCGUCGAAUGGAGAGGCUGCCACGAUGAUGGAUCUGCCAAACAAGCGGACGAAAGUUUUGGAUUCCCAAAGCAGUGUGUCGAAUGGAAAGGCUGCCGACCAAGUUGGAACGUCGAAUGCAGAGGACGCUGUCCAAGGCAAUGCGUCGAACGAUAGCAAGAAUUUCUUGGAGAAGCAACUCGUUGCGUCGAACAGAGAGGCUACCAACCAAGUCGGAAUGUCGAAUGCAGAGGACCCCGUCCAAGGCAGUGCGUCGAACGAUGGCAAGACUUUCUUGGAGAAGCAACUUGUUGCGUCGAACGGAGAGGCUGUUGCCCACGGCAGUAUGUCGAACAAUAGCAAGAACGUCCCUGGAGACCAAAGUGGUUCGUCGAACGCAGGCAUCACUAGCCAAGCUCACGUGUCGAAUAAUGGCACGAACGCCUUCAGCCAGCAAGUCGCGCCGUCGAACACGGAGACGAUCACUAGAGAGGGAGAAUACUGCGAUGAGGGCUACAUGGGAGAUUAA